UAAUGAGCUGCUUUCUUCUUCUCUUUUUGUUCCUUUGAUCUUUACAGCUGUCUCUGAAAGAAUAUUUUCAAGUACAGAAAGCAAUAUGCAGCAGUGCUAACAUCCAGAUGACAAUAAACCAAGAACAAGAAUGGAAGUAAAUUUAUUCAGCAAUUCAACUGUUGUAAACAGUUCAUCCAUCAACCAUAAGCAGUUAGAAGGGCAUAGCCUCUGGGAAGUCAUUACUAUUGCCACUGUAACUGCAGUUGUAAGCUUAAUAACCAUAGUGGGGAAUAUUCUUGUAAUGAUAUCAUUCAAAGUUAACAGUCAGCUCAAAACUGUUAAUAACUAUUACUUGCUCAGCCUUGCCUGUGCAGAUCUUAUCAUUGGAAUAUUUUCUAUGAACCUUUACACAUCUUAUAUACUCAUAGGCCAUUGGUCUCUUGGAAGUCUAGCAUGUGACCUGUGGCUAGCACUGGAUUAUGUAGCGAGCAAUGCCUCAGUAAUGAACCUCCUAGUCAUCAGUUUUGACAGAUACUUUUCCAUCACAAGGCCUUUAACUUACAGGGCUAAACGCACACCCAAAAGAGCUGGUAUCAUGAUUGGUUUAGCUUGGUUAAUUUCAUUCAUUUUGUGGGCACCUGUAAUCUUGUGCUGGCAGUAUUUUGUGGGUGAACGAACUGUACCACCUGAAGAAUGCCAGAUACAGUUUUUAUAUGAACCCAUUAUCACCUUUGGUACUGCAAUUGCUGCUUUCUAUAUCCCAGUGUCAGUGAUGACUAUUUUAUAUUGCCGCAUCUAUAAAGAGACUGAGAAACGUACUAAGGACCUUGCUGAACUUCAAGGUUCUGAGUCUGUGGCAGAGUUCGAGAUGAUAAAGCCUCAGAAAGCUCUCCUGAAGUCUUGCUUCAGUUGUAAGCAACAAAACUUAGUCAAAAGAGAGAGAUGUCAGGCUUCAUGGUCUUCAUCUAGUAGAAGUACAUCUGCUACGGUGAAGGCAUCUCAGGCAGUGAGUACUUGUAAUGACUGGUCUAAAGCUGACCAGUUAACCACCUGCAGCAGCUAUGCAUCUUCAGAAGAAGAGGAUAAACUUGCCACUGAUUCAGUUUUCCAAGUAACUUACAAAAGUCCAGAUAAAGGUAAAGUAGAAGAGUUUAUUGAAAGGGAGAGUAAGGAUGUUGUUGUCAAAGACCAACCUGAAGAAAAUGAUUUUGAGACCCAGAAAUACUUUCUAUCACCUGGCAAAGGCCAUGUACAAAAAAGUAAAAAAUGUGUGGCCUAUAAAUUCCGCUUGGUGGUUAAGGCUGAUGGCACCCAGGAAGCCAACAAUGGCUGCCGUAAAGUAAAAAUAACUCCUUGUGCUGCUGCUCUAUCAAAGGAUCCUUCCAUUAAAAGCAUGGAUCCAAAUAUAAGUAACCAAAUCACCAAAAGGAAAAGGAUGGUUCUUAUAAAGGAACGCAAAGCAGCACAGACUUUAAGUGCCAUUCUUUUGGCUUUUAUCAUUACAUGGACUCCCUACAAUAUAAUGGUUUUGAUCUCCACAUUCUGCUCUGACUGCAUCCCCCUAACACUGUGGCACCUUGGAUAUUGGCUAUGCUAUGUGAACAGCACUGUUAACCCCAUUUGUUAUGCACUUUGUAACAAAACUUUCAGGAAGACUUUUAAGAUGCUGCUUUUCUGCCAGUGGAAGAAGAAAAAAGUGGAAGAGAAGCUAUACUGGCAGGGCAAUAACAGAUUGCCAUAAUUGCUCAUAUAUAAAUGACAAGGGCAAAAAAAAAAAACCAACAGGUGUUGACAUAGCUGGGUAAAUUGACUGUAAUUCUGUCAUUUUCAAGUUGUUGCUUCAUAUGUCUAGCAGUUAAAAAAAUGUCAGCCAAAAAGUAAAAUUGUGCAUGAAAAUAGCAUGCUUGGAAUGAAGAAGUCAGUGGCUGCUGUGAACAGCUGAGAGUGUUUGUGAUUAUGCAGUACAUCUGCAUUAAACUUAUUAUGUUUGGGGUCUUCUGUCCUUUCUUUCAGACUGAGAAAGAGUAGAGUAAUUUAUAGACUACUAGAAAUUAGACCUGGAUUAUACCUAUCAGGUCAUCCUGUCUAUCCUCCUGUAGUGCAGAACUGUUUCUUCCUGUAGUUCCUUUCUUCCUUUCUAGUGUUUUGUCUAUUCUAGUUUUCAAUGUACCAAGCAAUGGAGCUUCCACUACUUUCCUUCUGAGACUUUUUCUUCUCCUGUUGGAAUGGAAGAAGGACUAUUUAAAGGGGGAAAUAAUAAAUGGUUGGGGAGAUUCUUAGUACUCCAAAUGGACAAAUAUAUUUUGGGAGAAUGUAAUGCUGACAAAUUUCCACUUUGACUUUUGGAAGAGAGUAAAGGCUCAUGGGGAGGAAAUAGGUAAGUAUAUUAGAAGCCCAGUCACAAUCUCAGUGCCGUUGUGUAAGUCAGCUUCAUCAGUAAACAAGAGUAAUACUUAGCAGAUAACUCUGAAUUUGUAUUUCUCCAUUUCCCAAGGCCUCUGAAGGAAAUUUUUAAAAUUUAUGUGAUAGUGACAAUAGUACAAAUCAGAAUUGACUGUACAACAUAACGGAUAUAGUCUAUCUACUGUAGAACAUAGGAGGACAUAGGGAAAGUCUUUUUUCAACCUCCUUUGUUAGCCUCUCCCUUGCCCCCAAAGUUUCCAUUAGUUUAAUGAUAUGCAGAACACAAGAAAAAUAUAUAUUGAUGUCCUGCACAUUCACCUGUAUGUUAUGAAAUUACUAAAAGCAUUGAUAAAAUUGAUAUCUCUGAAAGAUGAAAGAUUUUUAAAAUAAUUUUUGAGUAUUUAUAUAAAACUAUUAAUGACACUUUGCACUUUCAUAGCACUUUUUAUCUUUACAUAGCUUUACAAAUAGUAACUAACUUUGGCGUUUGGAAACAUAAGUUCUCCCCAGUCAAUGUAUUCUGGUCCAGCAGAACCAUACAGGACUGGGGAGUGGAAAAAUCCCCCUUACGGCUUUGGAUUCUGGGAUCAGCAUGUACUGGCCUAGUUACAGUGAGCUGAGAAUCUCUCCACUAGCUGAGGUUUGCUGGGGCUUUGGAUGCGUGGUAAAGUCACUUCUGUGACAGGGUGAACUGUAUGUGCCUAUCUGAUAACUGUGUCAGAUUGACAGGAGCCCUGCAACAUUGACUGAAUAAGUGUAUCUGUGGGGCUGCUUUUAGCACAAAGCUACAGAAAUGGAAAUGAUGAUCUGGCUCAUUGUGGUGGAAACAAACAUGAAGCAUCACAAAAAGCCAUAAGAAAGCAAAGUUAAUGGCAACAGAAGUCAUAAGGAAUGAAGUCUGAAGGUAAACAUAUGUUAAUGAAUAAAUGAGAAAGAACUCCAGAUAAUGCACUGAGUCCACGUCACAAAGUUCAAAUUCAGCUCUAGCCUUUCUAUCAAAAUUCAGGGUGAAAUGCUCUGGAAUACUAGUUUGGACGAAGCUCCAUAUUAUAUCUACUAUACAUAUUAGUGUGACAUUACAGUGGUGAUGUGACGCAGUUGCACAUUUCAGAGAUCGUGUUAGUCAUUCUGAACAUACCAUUGCUUUCAAUGGAAUCGUUCAUAUAAUUUAUUAAAUUGUCAUACCAUGAAAAUGUUUUUCUACAGAUAUAUAAUUCCUCCAGGUCAAUAACCACAGUACGAGUAAUUAAUAUUUUUUAUCCCUAGUCUCCAGAGGGGAAAACUGUGUCAGUGAAAGAUUAGCAAUGUAGUAAUGUAAAAAUAUGUUCUCUAAUUUCAUAUGACUGAUUUUGAAACACACCAUACUGUGCCUGUUAUUUUUGGUGCAUUAGCAUAUUGAUUAUUAAAGGAAAGUAUGGGUUUUUAUAAAGACCCUUUCAUCAAUUUUCUUCUGUCACUAUCCAGAAUUUUCCUGUGUACAGUAGCUAUGUACAAGUUGGUUAUUAUAGUGGGUUCAUUUUAUAUUACAUUGGAUCAGACAUUCAGUAAACAGUGUGUUUGAUUCUUAGCAAAUUAAUGUGUCCCUCUGUGGCACAAGCUGUAGCUAAAGGCAAAAUUUAUGAAGUAGUAACAGUUCCUGCUAGCUGUGGUGUUGUUGCAAAAGUAAAGCAUUGGCUUCUACUUCUGAAAUUAAAUGGGAUAUUUUUUGUCAGUUUUGGUUUCUGUUGAACUAGAAUGUUCUGUAAAUGUUUAUGGACUCUGCUCAGUAAAUGUAUUAGAUUAUACAGUGAUGGAUGCAACAAUGUUGGUUCAAUGUAAUUGUGAAACGUGUUCAAAUUAUGCUGCUAGCACUUUAUAAUGUGAGACAUUACAUUACCAAACUUAGGUGCAUUGUAAAUAUCUAGAAUUAUAUAAAAAUAUGCUGUUGCUUUAUUGUUAUGUAGGAUGUUUACUCAAAAAUAAUUGAAACAACAAAAAAAGAAAAACACGAUCCUCAACAGAAUAUCAGACAGUACUUAAUUAUAUCUUGUUUUCAGCUUCUAUAAAGCUUCCUUUAAAACAUAUUGUGGGACUUUUGUAGUGUCAAACAUUCUUGUUAUCUAUAUUUUUGUCCUUUUAAUGAACCUUUUACUCAUCUUUUCAUUUUGGUUAAGGUCACGAUCAUGGAUUUGUGCAAAGAUCUUUUCUGUAAAAUUGCAUUUUAUUUUUAUAUAUGUAUAUAUUUAUAUGUAUGUAGGUAUGUAUAUGUAUGUAUAAAUCCCUAACUGAGCUUUUCAGGGACAUAACACACUUUAAUAUUUUAGAAUAUUGAAUUCUUCCCCAAAGGAAACUGAUGUAUCAUUUUUGUCUCUCCCUUUUCAUAUGUCCCAGCCUCCCCAUAUAUCCCAGAUCCCCAUAAAGUAUCAAAGAAUACAUUUUCUGUAAAUAUAAUUUCUGUUUGUACAUAAAUAUUUGGAAGGAUUCCCAUGAUUUCUAAAAUGACACAGAACAUUUGGUCAAAAUUGGGCACUUUUUGUGACUAUUCAGCACAGAAUGGAGAGCCUUGUGAAGGAUGGACAGUCAAGACAGAAUGCAAAUGCAGGGUUUUCCUUUACAGAAAAAUUCUUUUGAAUUAAAUAAGGAUGAAAUCAAAAGGGUUACAGAGAAAAUGCUACAAGAACCUAUAAAAUAUGAUAGCACAUAUUUUGGCAUUAACUUAAUUACACAAUUUAACUGGUAAUUACGCUUAUCCUAUUGAACUCUGCAUGUCAAUUGAUAACUGCUAUUAACUAUUGAAAGAUAUUUCUGUAUCUCAUCUCUGUUGUAUCCAAAGUGAGACCUGCACUGGAAUAUUAUGGACUUUAGGAGCAUUUGAUUCUAGAUCCAGAUAUAGUGAUGUACUUCAAGGCAAAAUCCUUAAUUGUUCUUCCUUACCACCCCUUAGACAUUGUUCCAGUUUUAGAGCUGAGCCUCAUGAAAAGUCCCCAUCUCUGCUUUAAUUAGUCUGAUCAUAUAUCACUCACAUAGAGCUUUUCUCAGAAAUCUGUGGCAUUGCCUCCUAGACACAUUUAAUACAUGACCUGAAGAGGUCAAACUAAUUUAACUAACAAAUCUUAAUACAAAUGUACCUAAGGAUAAUCACACACCUGAAGAAAUAAAAAUGUCACUGGAAUGUGGUAAGUAUCCUGAAUUUGAUGAACGAGAAGUCAUUACAACAAUUAAAGAAUCCCGUAUCAAUCUGGAGAAUGCUGUUUUCUCUUAGAAAACAAUUAUUACAAAACUGCAUGCACAAUUUGAAACUCAGAAUUGAGUAUCUGUGGACUUUUUCAGAUUCUGGAUUUUGAAUAGCAUUUUGUAAGACGUUUUCUUAAUUAUAAUAGGAAACACAGUUUCCAAAUAACCCCUUCAUACUCUUGGAUUUCCAAAAUCUUCAUACUGAGUGAGAAUUUUCGGACACUUUUGUUAUAAAGCUACUCUGUAAUCGUUAGGAGAUGUACACACUUCUACCUUCUCUGGAUUAUUUGCUUUAGGGAAACAAGCAAACAAACACAAUGAUGUAACUUUCCUCAGGAAUUAAUUUUCUUUACUUUCUAUAGAGAUAGAAGUAACCUGAAGGAACCGCAUGGACACAAUGAGAACCAAGUAACAGUUUCCUCAGUUAUACGUUACAAUCAAGCUGGAGUUAUCCUUCGCUGUGAUUUGUGCGUCUAGGGGUCUCUCUUGAAAAGGACCCUGCCAAAAAGCUUCGUACUUACAUGCCUUUUUGAUAUUAUAAAAGAAUGCUGCUUUUUUUUUAAAACACAUUCAUUACUGUUAUGAGCUAGAGAACUUUACAGAUCAGAACUUCCCUCUGAAUAAACUCAAAAGCAUCGUAACAACAGCUGGGAAAAAUUGCUGCUUCCCAGUGUGACUCCGAAGACAGCUUCCCCACAGUGUUUGCGGGUACGAAUUCAAAGGGGUCCAUCAUAUUCUGAAAUGUUUGUGAGGCCUCUGUCUUAAAAUGCGCUUCCAAACCUGAGCUCCAAAAAUGGAUACUACUUCUUUUCUGUUAAAUACCUUGGCAUUCCUUCUGCCAAAUCAAACAGAGGCCAUUUAUUUCUUAUGUGGUCAUUCCAAAUCUCCAGUCUGGAUUUUGUACCCACUAAGAAGUUUUUUUCCACAUACAGUAGACAGCUGGGUGUCAUAAAACCUUAAAUUUGGACAUUCAAAUAAAUUUCUCAUUUAUGAUUCAUAUUAACAGUUAUGCAAUAUCUAUAGAUAGUAAUAAAAAAAUGGUAGUAUUGUGUUCUAAAAGAAUAAUCUACAGCUCUUAGUAGUUUCAAAAAGGGAUGAUUUUGUGAAUUAUUUCCAUCUUGGUAAAUGUAUUUCUUGAGGUUUAAUAGCACUGUUGGGCUACGUAUCAGAUUAUGAACUUCAGUUCUCAUUACAUGUAAAACCACUGUCUUUUACUCAUCUGUUAUGUAAAUAGCUAUUAAAUGCCAUUAAUUUCUUGAUGUAUCUGCUGUUAGAUCAACCAAGUCAAUUUUUCUCAAACAACUAGCCAUUUUAGAUCCUUUAAAAGUUUUUUUUCUAAAUAACUACUUCUCCAAAUCCUGGUUGCUGAUGGCUCCUGUUUCACUAGACCCCUAUAGUUUGGAGAUUUUUACUGAAUUCUUGGAUUACAGUGCCAAUACACCAGCUGGAAUAUCUUUUACUACUUACAUGAGAGACUCCUUACAUGUCUGCAUCUAGACAUAGUGGAGUUCAGAUAGCUGUUUUUACUGCAUGUCACACAUAAGGCCUACUUACAUGUGCAAUCCAUCAGGAAGAAGAGUGGGGAGAGGUGAGUUCAGGGCUUGUAUCACUGCCAUGAUAGAGCAUACCCAGCUGCAGAGCAUGGCUGGAAUCAGCUCUGUACCCUACCACUCCACCUGCAUCCUGAUGUCUUCUGAAACAAAGAAGAUAUGAGAAUGACUAUAGGACUCUGUUUUGUUAAUUAAAGUAGAAUUAAUGAGCCCAGAGGGUUAAUGUUAUUAAUUUAUCAAUGCACAGUAUUAGUAGUUGACAAUGGAUUGGGUCUAAAAACACUUUGUCCUACUUACACCUAUGGUUAACAUAAAAAAAGUCAUGUGGAAGUCUGGAAAUUUAUUGUUUAGGUUACACAUUGGGAAAGAUAAUCAGAAACAAAAACAAACACUUUCUCAUGUAAAAGUUGAAUGACUACAAAAGAUAAAUAAUAAUAAAUAAGUAUUUUUGCUAGAAAGAGGCUACCAGGCUCUUUUUUUGUCAGUUGAUACUUUUUAGGGAAGAAUUUAUCCUUUGGCUAAGUUCUGAGUUGAUUAUUGUGAUAUUGUAUGUG